AUGGAUAUGUGGAACAAUAUAAGAAGAAUAAUUCAAUUAUAUGACGAUGAGGAUGACAAUGAGAGUGUCUUAAUAUUUGCUGCUAUUUUAGAAGAGCAGAACUUCUAUCAAAAGAGCCGUUGUAGGAAUUUAAUUUUACAAAGGGAAGCUACCCUGAAAGGUAUAGGGCUGAAGGAUUCUAAAUUUUUAACUAUAUAUGAACAAGUGGCAAUCUUUUUGCUCACUUUAUCUUAUAAUCAAAGGAAUCGUGUUGUAGCAGAGAGAUUUCAACACUCCACUGAAACCAUUUCCAGACACUUCUAUGCUGUGUUGCAUGCAGUAUGUCAGUUGGGCACCCAUAUCAUUGCCCCUCCUGAUUUUUCUAUGAUUCCGAAUAAGAUUAGAGGGUCUCCUCAGUUUUACCCUUACUUUAAGCAUUGCGUUGGAGCUAUAAAUGGAACCCACAUUACUGUAACUCUGCCAGUAGCUACACAACUUCCAUUUCGUGGUAGAAAGGGUUAUACCACACAAAAUGUAAUGGUUGUAUGUGACUUUGACAUGAGAUUCACAUAUGUGCUAGCUGGGUGGGAAGGCUCUGCUAAUGAUUCGAGAAUUCUAAAAGAGUGUAUUGAGAACGAGGCAAUGAAUUUUCCAGCUCCACCACCAGAUAAGUAUUAUUUGGUGGACUCAGGGAGUAGACCACCCCGUGGUCGGGAAGAAGUGUUCAAUCAUAGGCAUUCAUCUUUGAGAAACAUAAUUGAGCGAUGCUUUGGGUUGUUGAAGAUGAGAUUCGCUAUUUUGAAGGCAAUGCCUCCUUAUAAGUUUUCAACACAAGUAUUGGUUGUAAUGGCUUGUUGCACAUUACACAACUUCAUUAGAAAUCAAUAUCAGCCUGAUGAUUUAUUUGAUGGUGACGAUCCUCCUCAAAGUGAUGGUGAAGACGAUGAGAUUGUUGAGCAUGUGCUUCCGGCUCAGCUUCGAGAAAUGGAUCUGUUGCGUAAUAUUAUUGCUAAUCAAAUCUGGAAUUCUCUUGGGCACUCUUGA